CUGGAAGCUCCCCAUUAUUGAAGGUCGACUGAGGAGAAAGCCGGGACCAGAGCAUAAUUGUAAAGCUGUUUCUUGCGCCAUCCACCCUCACCUUGAAUACUCCUCCUACCCUCAGCCUUCUUCGACACGAUUUUUGUUCGCUUCCACAAGCUCACCCUCACUCCCAGUGCCCAAAUGGUCCUACCUAGAGCCUCAGUCCUCCGGGGCAGUCUCCGAGCUGCCACCUUCAAAAGAGCCGGUAUCCAAGCUCGAACAACGUUACGGGGUGUUGGGCAACGGUCUUAUGCCAGUGGCCAUGAGGCCAAGAAGGGCAGUGAUAUUCCUUGGUUAAUCGGCUCCAUCGUCUUCACAGUUCCAGCGGCAUCAUGGCUCUAUGCACAAGGGCCCACACCCUCGGAGCAUGGCCACGGCCACGACGCACACAAAGAGGAAUCCGCCGAGGAGGCCAAGGAGGAAUCUAGCGGAGAGGAAGAGAAGGGUGAAUCCUCCGAGGAGAGCAAACCUGCAUCAGAUGAAGCUGAAAAGACAGAUGACUCAGAAGAUGAAUCCGAGAAAAAAGCUCCCGGUGCAGUUCCAGAGGAUGCAGAGACCGAAUCCAAGGGUGAAAAGGAUGCUCAAAGCGAUGUCACGGGCGCUAAGAAUCCUAAGCUAGACGACCCUAGCAAGAGCAAGAAGAGCGAAGGGGUCCCAGAGACGGCCAAGAUUCACGGCACUGUUGAUACCAGUCAAUCCACAGAAGGAGAGAAGGGCGACAGCUCCUCCGAAGAAGGCGAGUCCAAGGAGGACAAAGAAGAGUAAAUCAAUAAUGGCAGGCAGCCAAAGCCUGGUCCAAUGCGCAUACAAUCUACUGGGAGUCCGAUAGUACAACGAUCAAAGGUUCUAAAGGACCUCGAGCGGGCUCGACCAUCGGCGGCAGCAUUGACUUUCCGGUUACGGAAGAGUCCGCUUUGCAUCCAUGGAGGCAUAGGUGUCUCGUUAUGUCAUGGCUGACGGGUCCAAAACCAAAACUUGUACAUAAUGCUGGUUCAAUAUACAAAGAAGAUUACCACAUUACUAAGAGCGUACCUGCGGAUUGAAGUCUCAGAGACAGUCACAUUGGUUAGGUAUUGGCCAAUCUAGGCCAGAAAAGAGCAUAGACAUCCUUCUCUGAGUGGUAGGAGGAUUGCUUAGACGAUGAUAACCAUAGAAGAUUGUUCUUGAAGAGCGAA